UUGGAAAAAAAAAAAAAAAAGAGUUAUUCCUCUGAAGAGCGUUUGGUUUUGGUUUGGUCUUCAUCUAUAAUUUUGCUCCUUAAAAACAACACCAUCUUAUUGUACGAAAAAUCAAAAGAGUAAAAAGUUGUAACAAAAAGCUAGAAGUGAAAUAAUCACUCUGAAGAAGAUCCAAAGCACCAAAAGUUGAAGUUGCAAAAUCCUCUUCAAUUUCAAAACUAAUCUCUCUACUCUACAGUGUUUUAAGACCAUUACUUAAUUGAUAAUCCUCAUGUUCUCUCACCUAAACACACACACUUUAGCUUAUAUAGAUAGUUUGGCUUGUUCAAGUCUCAUUCUCUCUCUCAGUCAAGCUAAACUAGCUUACCCUUACUCUUAGUAUGGCUCUCUCCUUUUUCCCUAGUUAAACUAAAGUAAACCCUUCAUAUAUAUUCCCUUGACUCUUUCAAACUCAUUCUCUAUAUAUGUUCCUAAACUACAUUAAGCUUCAAGCCAACUAGCUCUGCUACUUCUACAUAGCCAUGGACAAUCAGCUUCAACCAAUAGUGGAAGGACCACCACCAGAAAUGGUUGACUCAAAUCGCUAUGCUCAUCGAUCCAUAGAGACACUGGUGGUGGUUUUAGCAGUGAUAACCAUUGUUGGUGUUAUAGCUGGGAUCAUAGCUCGGCUAUGCGGUGGACGACACUUUGGUGGCAAUGGGGAGCAUGACAUAGAAGGAUGGGUUGAGAGGAAGUGCCGGAGCUGCAUUGAUGGCGGAGUUCCACCACCUCCAGCUGCAGAAGAAUCAAAACCAGUAGCAGAAGAGCAAAAGAAGUGAGGUAAAAAAAAUGGAUAAUAUACUUUAGGGGAAUGGUGUAAAAAAAAAAAGAAAAGAAAUGGUAUUGAAUCAAGCAGCAGCAGCAGUAGUAGUGUUCAAUAUGGUUUUUUUAGCUAGUACUUUCAUUACAUAUAGAAUGGUCAAUAUUGAAGUGAGCUAUCCCAUUUGAUGUUUCCAGGUACCUUAUAUGAUGUAGUAAUUAAAGUAUAAACCUGAUUUAUGUGUCUCUUAUGACAAACUUCUUUUACAUUCUUUUGAAAUGAACUAGUUUUAGCCCCAUUGAUACA